UGGAUGUUCGCCCCUCAAGUCACCCCAAAACGGCCGGAAAGCACCGUGCUCGUCGGAAAGAGCAUUUAUUUUAUUUUAUUUUCCUUUAAAUGACAGUUCGAGAGGCGCCCUACGGCGCAGCAGCCAGCCCGCCCGUGAAGCGGCGGGGCCGCGCCCGUCAGCCCGCCCCGAGGCGGCGGCGGGCGGCAGCAUGGAGGCCGGCGUGGCGCCGGAGGACGACAGCCUGCUUCAUUCAGAGAAGGAGUUCCAUGAUGCGGCAAAGCGUAAUGACACAGCCAGGAUGGAGGAGCUCAUCAGGAGAGGGGUCGACAUCAAAGCAAAAAACAAUAUAGACCGGACUGCCCUGCACUGGGCUGCAGGAGCAGGCCACGUGGAUGCUGUGCGACUGCUCCUGGAUCACGAUUUCCCAGUGGAUGACGAAGACAGUGUACAAAGGCGACUCUCCCUUUUUGGAAUGAAUGCACUUCUCUUGUCUGCCUGGUUCGGUCACCUCCACGUCCUGCAGAUCCUCGUCAGUGCUGGGGCCAAGAUUAACUGUGUCAAUAGGAAUGGCAGGAACAUGCUCCACUGUGCGGCUCAGAGGGGACACAUCCAGGUGAUGGAGUUCAUCAUGGAGGACCUGGAGGACAUGUGUGUGGAUAAGACAGACAAGAUGGACAGGACAGCGUUUCACCUGGCUGCAGAGUAUGGGCGGCUGGAGGUGGUAGAGUUCCUGAUUCGACUGGGUUGUUCUCACAGUGCCAAAGACAAGGACUUGUCAGACAGCAUACACAGCAAGCCUAGUGGACCAUGCUCCAGUUUAAGCCACCCUGGAUAUACUCUGUGCAAGGCUGUGGUGUAUGAACACUCAGUCUUGUGGUACAUACAUGUACGAAGUGUUGUUUACCUUCAGGAAGAAAACACAGCAUUGCAUUUAGCUGCUAAAAAUGGACACCUCUCUGUACUGCAGAAGAUUGUAGACAUUGGAGUGGACCUUGAUGGAAAGAACUUAGAAGGACUUACAGCUCUGCACCUGGCUGCUGAGGGAGGUCACAGUGACUGUGUGAAGCUGCUCUUGGAAACAGGUGCUGAUGUCAAUGCCCAAACCCAGAAGAUGAACUGCCUCCACUACGCAGCCCUGCAUGGCUAUGAGGAGAUAGCAAGGAUCCUCAUGGAUGCAGGAAUCCACACGGAUGCUGUUAAUCAUCAAAACGCAUCAGCGACACACAUUGCAGUACUGCACAACUUCCCAGCAAUGGUGAAGCUCUUCAUUGAUGCAGAGUGUGACCUUGACAUUCCAGAUAAUAGGCAGCAGACCUCACUCCACAUCGCUGCGGAGCAUGGCAGGCAGGACAUUGCCGAGAUGAUUCUUGUCGCAGGAGUUAAUCUGAAGCUAACAGACAAGCAAGGGAAAACAUCUCUGGAUGUCGCUGCCCGAGGCAAUCACAUCAACUUGGUGGACAUGAUUAUCAAAGCCGAUAGGUUUUACAAAUGGGAAAAGGACAAUCUGAACAGCGACUCUGACUCCUGGGUGGCAAAGCACUUGACCUUUAAGCAAGAUCACAGGCUGGAAACACAGCACAUUCGCUCAGUAAUGUGGAGAUUAGCUACUAAGUACCUCAGACCUGGUGAAUGGAAGAAACUGGCACAUUACUGGAAAUUCACGGAUGCCCACAUUAGGGCUAUUGAGCAACAAUGGACAGGCACUAAAAGCUACAGGGAACAUGGCCACAGAAUGUUGCUUAUUUGGCUCCACGGUGUGAUCGCAGCAGGAGAAAACCCAAUCAAGGGAUUGUACGAAGGCCUUGUAGGGAUUGGAAGAAGAGAUUUAGCAGAAAGCAUUCGGAAAAAAGCAAAUGCAGAUUCUGCAUCUCCACGGAAGUGCACAGCCAUGUAACAGCAGGACACCAGAGGUUCCUUCAGCUGCUGCAGCCCUGGCUUGUCUUGGAGCUACAGGAGAAACACCCACUCUGCUCCUGAUCGGCAUAAAGAGCUGGCAUCGCUGCUGCCGCCUUCUUGGUCUGAAAUGGCAAGGGUGUCAGCAAAGGCUGACAGUCUAAAAUGCCUCUUUACACAGAAGGGAGAUUUUUAAUCAGCUGUUGCAUACAGUGCAGGUACUGUAAUAAGACUUCAGUGAGCAAGCCUCACUUGGCAUACUGUAUCAGGAAAUACUACACUAUUUUACUGUAACUUGUUUACAUCACAUUUUUGUAUAUAAAUUUUUAAUUGUUAUUUUUUUAAGUUGUCAAGGGGAAAGCCUUUGUUUUCAGGAAUGUUAUUUACUUACCUUUUUGGGGGGGCAUCUAUCAAUUCUAUCUUAGAUGUGUUCAUAACGUCCUUGUUAGGGUAGGAAUUUAAGAAAAGUCAAGGCUACUGCUUGGUCCUCUUGGAACCUUAAGGGUUUGUGAUCUUUAAUGUUUCAACUCUUCACAAAGAAGUUUCAGAGAAGAACAUUAACACAUACCGUUUAUAUAUAUAGAAGUGUAGAUUAGCAUAGAAGUACUGCAUAAAAGUAACUUCUUUAAUCCCUUAGGUUACAGCUUGAAAAGUGUAAGAGUUGUCAUUGGUUAUCUACACAGCCUCUGACAAAGACAUACAGCUUUCUUAAAUACCAAUUCAUUGUGUAAUACUUCAUAUUUAUUUCUUACAGUGUUUCAAGGGGAAAAUAACGUCUGUAUUUCAAUAAAAUCAGAUUUUACCCUUAAA